AUGGAUGGUGACAUGGACAUGGCUGGAGACAUGGGGGUGACAUGGACACGGGUGGGGACAUGGAGAGCCAAGAUUGGGGGCAUGAUCUACCAGGGCACAGCACAGAUCCAGCGAGUGAUCAUUGCCCGUGAGCACCUGGGCAGCUGGGGCCUCAUCCGGGAUCAGCCACACCCAAAGAGGACUGAGGAUGGGACAGGCACCCACCCUACCGGGCCUCCAGGCACAGCUGGAUACACCUGGACCAAGGGACGGCUGGAGAGCGGCGACACGCAGGAGCACCGGACUGGCCAGAGCACGGAGCAAGGCCUCCAGCAGGUGGACACCUUGGUGGCCCGGUACCGUCAUGGCUGCCUCUGGUGGGGGCUUCCCUGGCUGCCCGUCCUGCGCCUCUUCCACCCCAGCACCCUCCGGCCACUCCUCAGUGCCUCAGCUUUCGUGGUCCCCAAGGACAAAAUUUUCUACGGCUUCCUCAAGGCCUGGCUGGGGGAGGGGCUGCUGCUGAGCGGCGGGCAGCGCUGGGCGCGGCACCGGCGGCUCCUGACGCCCGCCUUCCACGGGGACGUGCUCCGGAAUUACCUGGGAAUCUUCAACCAGAGCACCCGCAUGCUGCUCGCCAAGUGCGAGGCAGCAGCAGCAGCAGCUGGCGGGGGGCCGGUGGAGUUGGAGGUGCUGCAGCCCCUGAGCCUCCUCACCCUGGACACGCUCCAGAAGUGCAUCAUCAGCCACGAGAGCCACUGCCAGGAACGGCCCAGCGAGUACAUCCAGGCCAUCCUGGAGCUGAGCUCGUUGGUGGUCCAGCACCAGCUCUGGCCACUCCUCCACCCGUGGUGGCUCUACAGCCUCUCCUCUGACGGUCGGCGCUUCGCCCAUGCCUGUGCCACCGUCCACGCCUUCACCGCCAACGUGGUGCAGCGCCGGCACCGCGCACUCGCCUCCCUGGGCCACCAGGCCUGGCUGGAUGGCCACCUGGGACACAGCAUGGACUUCAUCGACCUCCUGCUGCUCACCAAGGACGAGAACGGCCACACCCUGUCAGAUGAGGACAUAGCAGCUGAGGCUGACGCCUUCAUGUUUGAGGGCCACGACACCACGGCCAGUGGCCUGGCAUGGCUCUUCUACAACCUGGCCAGCCACCCUGAGCACCAGGAGAGGUGCUGCCAGGAGGUCCAGCAGCUCCUGGCUGGCCAGGACACUGCAGACAUUGAAUGGGAGGACCUGUCCCAGCUGCCCUUCACCACCAUGUGCAUCAAGGAGAGCCUUCGGCUGCACCCUCCUGUCACUGGUGUCCGGCACUGCACCGAGGACAUCCCCCUGUGUGAUGGCCGUGUCAUCCCCAAGGGGGUCAUCUGCCUGAUGAGCAUCUACGGGACCCACCACAACCCAGACCUCUGGCCCAAGCCCAAGGUGUUCAACCCCCUGAGGUUCAGCCCAGAGAACAGCAAGGGACGGUCCCCAUCAUCCUUCAUCCCCUUCUCUGCUGAGCCCAGGAACUGCAUCGGGCAGAGCUUUGCCAUGGCUGAGAUGAAGGUGGUAGUGGCACUGACCCUGGCCCGAUUUUUGUCCUGCUGCGCCCAGGUGCCCCCAGGGGCCCAGGAAGAUGUGGAGACCACCAGCCAGCUGUCUUCCCACCAUGGAUCACCAGGACCGUGGAUCCCCAAGGCUCUGCCCAACGGGGCUCACUGGGGAUCAUCCAAUGGGCUCCUCCAACGGGGGAUGGAGUUGGAGCAGCGCACAAAGCUCUUCCCGCACGCGGGGCACUUGUAG